UCUAUGAACAUCAUUAAUCCUUAUUAAAGAUUAAAAAUACUAAUAGAACAAAGCUAUAAGAAGUAAUGUUUCUAAAAAGCAAAAUUAAAUGAUUUAGUUAAUAGAAAAAAUAUAUAUAGAUAUCAAAAACUAAGAGAUAGUAUAGUUAACGGUUUUUUUUUUUUAAUUGUUAGAAUGAACCAUGAUCUGCUCAAUGCUCCUUGGAUUUUGUUCUUCUCCACACAUACACAUGUAUUUUUCACACUUCCGGUCCUUUUUUUUUUUUUUUUUUAGCUUUUUUAACCCCUUGCUUAUUGUCUGCUUCCAGACUAUUUAUUAUCCGUUGAAAUAAAAGAAAAUUGCCAAAAUAUUAAAAAAAAAUAGUUUAAAGCAUUCAAAAAGAGGUUUAAGGAGGAAGAAAGAAGAGCGCACAUGAGAAUGCAAUGAUAAGAGCUGGGGCCUGACUGCACAGGGACCAGUUCGUGUUUCCCAAAGCAGCAGACUGUCUUGUUCUAUAGGUAUUUAAAAAUUUCAAAUCAAAAUCCUCUUCUUCCUUCAUCGCUCUGCCGUUGCAAUUGACUAUCCAGGCUUACCUUAUCGCUUCCCUUGGUUUAGCCAUAAUCGAACACCACCAUUCCUCGAGUGAAGGGCUGCCCAGAACGUCCGCGUUCAUUGUGCUCCGGUUUCAAAUGGGACGGGGAUUUCAGCUAGCCUAGUCCCAGUCCCAGAUGAGCAUAAGUGAUAGAAGAAGAAGGCGCCAAAGCCGAGCAAAAGGAGUUUUCUGCAUUUUCCCUUGAAGCCCCACUUUCUAUCUGAUCCCUUCAAACAACAUCGCUGAUUCGCAUUGGUUUUGAGAGGUUCACAAAAAAAGGCUGGUUUAUUUGUCGCGAGUUUGUUAUCAUGAUGUGCGUGUUGGCGAAGAUUUGGACAAAAAUGAACUUUUUUCUUCUAUAAUUGCAGCGUCAAGAAAUUCCAGUGCUUAGUUACUCUCGUUUCUGGUGGAUCUGCUUCCAAUAUCUUCAUUGAUGGGUAAGUUCACAACUUCGUCAUCUGAGCCUUUAUCUAGCGAGGCUUCCAAUUAUGACGAGGUUUUCAUGCAGCAGAGCUUGCUCUUUGACGAUAGUCUGAAGGAUUUGAAAAAUCUCAGAACUCAAUUAUACUCGGCAGCUGAGUACUUUGAACUCUCAUACACCAAUGAUGACCAAAACCAGAUAGUGGCAGAAACAUUGAAGGACUAUACUGUCAAAGCUCUUGUAAAUACAGUGGACCAUUUAGGUUCUGUAACCUAUAAGGUGAACGAUUUGUUGGAUGAGAAGGUUGUUGAAGUUUCUGGAACAGAGCUACGCGUAUCUUGUAUCGAACAGAGAAUGAGGACAUGCCAUGAGUAUAUGGAUCACCAGGGGCGUGUCCAGCAGUCACUAGUGAUCAGUACUCCAAAAUAUCACAAGCGCUAUAUCUUGCCAGAUGGGGAGACCGCGCAUGGUCCUAGCCGCCCAAAAUCAAAAUAUGUUGGAUGCAACCUAGCCCUAGACGAUGAAGAUUGGCAUCACUUCAAGAGUGCUGUUCGCGCUACAAUCAGAGAAGUCCCUACAUCUGCACCGAGCAGGAAAGGGCGUUCCCCUUCACCUUCUUUACGGACUCAGAGACCUGGAUCUUUUUCAAGCACUUCCACCCUUCCAAAAAGAGACUCAGAGAAGAGGGCGGUUUCACCUCACAGAUUUCCACUAUUCCGUAGUGGAUCUCUUUCAAGUAGGCCUACGACACCGAAGUCUAGUAGACCAGCCACUCCAAACAAAAGCAGACCAACCACUCCUACUCCUUCUAUUGAGAGAAGAUGGUACCCUUCCGAGCCUCGCAAAUCAGCUUCAAUGCGAUUACCUGCUGAAAGAGACAGAGACAGAGACAGAGACAGAGGCAGAGACGAGGAACAGAACACCAGUAAAGGCAAACGUUUCCUGAAGGCCUUGCUUAGCAAACGCAAAUCAAAGAAGGAUGAGAUGUUAUACACAUACUUGGAUGAGUACUGAUAAUUGUAUAAUCUGAUAGAAUGCGAAAGGAAUGAUGCGUUCUGUAUAAAUUUUUAUACGUUAAUUUUUCUGUCCUCGCUUCCCCUUCUUUUAACUGAUGUUCCCAGCUCAGUUCUUAAUGAUAUUUCGAUUUUCAUCAA